AUGUCGACUCGCUACUGUUACCUCUGUCUGAUGGACGUCUUGUUUACUCCGUGGCUCGAUGACCCUGAUGUGGCACCAACAAAGGCACUUGCAAAAGAUUGUCGUUGUGAUUGGGAGCAUUCGAUUCAUGUCCUGCUCUCUCCCCCAAGCAACCCAUCCUUGCCCAAGGCGAACCGUCGCAAAAAAAAGCUUGAGAAAAAGGAGAAGAGCUCAGACAAGCAGCCCGGUUUUGGCGUGCAGCCAGUUCCUGACGACCAGGCUGGCCCCAGGCCGGGUUUGCCUCUGCGCCGUAGAAGCAAAGGCGCUUUGCUACGAUUGCUCGGAACGAAGCAAAACUGUCAGACCUUGCGAUCCGCAGCAUUCCGAAAGCAAGCUGCCCACGCCAAUAGCACUGGCCGAAAUCGCACCAAAGAUUUUGUUAUACCAGAUUCUUCAAGUGCAAAAAGGCAGGCCCCAAGAGGAAAAGGCAAGUGGAAGCAAUGGACCCCAGAUGCGGUUCUCAGAGCGGCUUUUGCCAAAGAGAAUAUGGUGAUACGACAUGUCGCCGAACAAGUGGAUGGAGGCAGCGCCAGUCAUGCCGCCGAUUGCAAGUUUUUUGCCUCUGAAUUGAUCAUGCGGGGACAAAGGGAUGGCUUGUCCAAAUUCCUCGAGGAGGCGCUGAAAGAUGUUGGGAUGUUUGAUUUUGCGCUGACCAACAUGAUCUUUGAUGAGACGGAGCUGGAAAUAAAUCUGAAGUCCUUUGGACUCGGGUCCUGGUCGAUCCUUGCUUCUCAUGCUCAGAUGACUUUCUGUGUCAAUGACCAGACGCAUGAUUUCGAUUUUAUCCGCGCACCUGCGGCCCUUCCCAACAAACAGGCAACCACUAUGUGGCCCGCACUCUGCGCAGGCGAGGGGGGCCUCUGGCCGGGUUUGUCCGCAGUGGCAGCCAGGGUCAGGGCGGUGCUGGUUACCUGCGACGCGGCUCCAGCGAACAUCAAGCUCCUCUCGCACCUGCAGAGUGUCCUGGACCAAAGGACGUUGCUUCUCCCGCUCUUGUGUCUCCAACAUAGAACGGGGAAUGUCAUCGAGCGAGUCACUAAGCUGUUGGGCGUGUUGACCGGAAGUUUUUCUGUGGCCAAGACAUUACGUUCCGGCAGCGUUGUGAAAAGGCUAGCUGGUCACGUUCGAGACGUGCUGGCAGAGAAUCUUCAGGUCUUUGACCGGGUUCCUCCAGGCGUUGUUGAAGAGUGGGCCGCUGGGCAAGCGUGUGCCAAAGCUAUCUUUAAGCUUGUGCUGCAAGGGCGCGACGACGACAAAGCCAGCGGCGCCUGCCAAAGAUUUUUGGAUUUCUUCGCAAGCCCUUGGACAGGUGACUUGCGAUGUCAGACUGCGGCUGGCCUCUGGCCGAGUUCUGAUCUCCGCGAGAACCCUUUGAGCCUGACUACCGCCUUGAACAAGUCCAAGGGCAUCCUCGUGGCUGACACCUAUGGUGGCGUUGAAGCCUAUCGAUGGGCACGAGAUGCCUACAAUGCCAGGCACCCGAUGCAUGUGAUGGUCGAUAUGUCGGCCUCCGUGCCUGGUUGCAAUGGCAGGCUUUGGCUUGGAGGUGAGCAGGCCAGCACAGACGUAGGUCUGCUCGAGAGAAACGGCAUUUCUGUCGUGUUGCCAGCUUCGCGCACUCCUAUCCCGGCUGAGAGCCUCAACCACGUGGUCCUUGACUACAUUGACGGGACGGCCUUAGCGAAUGAGGACUACGACUUGUCCAAGUUCCUUAAGGUCGCUGACCAGGUUGUGGACUUGCUGAAGAAAGGCCACGGGGUCUUAAGUUCAUGCAGAAACGGAGCUCAUCGCAGCGCGACAGAGACGUGCGUUCUGAUCAUGCGACUCACUGGGUGGCCGUAUGAGCAAGCAGAAAAUUACAUCUGCACUCUUCGAAACUGCGUGGAUCUAAAUUCUGUAGCGCCUCCGUCUGCUCACAGGAGGCAUCCGGUUCGUCCGUCCGAGUUCCUCAAGAAGCACCAGGAGACGAUCCUGGAUGGACACUACGGCCUUGCAGUGAAUGACAUUGUCACGCCUGUGGCAUACCGCAAGAAAAUGCUGGACCUGGGUUUCGAAUCCAUUUCGACCAGGCCUAAGGCCAAGCCUGCCAAGGCUAUCAGACGAGAUUCUGGUUACUCGUCUUUUGAGCUUCUGACGGAUCCGGCCAGUGCCAGUGGCCAGGAAACAGCCAAGGAGGUUGAGUUGGUUGCAGAGGAUGUCCUAGGUGGAACCACCUUGAGUUCAGAAGGUGGGUCUUUGACCUCGUCUUCUGUGGCCUCUGGCCAGGUCCCUGAGCCAAAGGAUCCACCCGCGCAGUCCCAUUCACCUGGCAAAAGAAAGGAGUCUGAGGCAGAGGACGACUUUGCCGAGUUUGAAGUGGUUGAUGAUGAUUUGGAUACGAAAGAGAAGCGAGCGGCAAAGUUGACUUCAUUGUGUGACGACCUGCAGACCCUCAAUGCCUCGAUGCUGAAGCUCCUGCACCCCAAAGAGACCUCCAGGCCACAGCAAAAGGCUAUGCCAAAGCCGCCUUCGGAAGCGAAGAAGGAUGAGGUGAAAGCCGAGAACAAGAUGGACAAGAUGGAUGUCGACGAGGGUGCGGCUUCCCCGGCCAAGGUUGUGGCUGCAUCCAGCACUGAGGAGCCCUUUGAGCCAGAUUACGACCCAGACGACCCCGAGCCAGAAGAACCAGCCCCCUCACCUCUGAAACCGGAUGAAAGUGAGCAAUCCGAAGAAGUGAUGAAGCGGGUCUUGCGCUUGCUCGAAGAACAGCGCUUGCAUAGCCACGCCUUUUUGGCGAAGUCCUCGAGGCAGGAUUCAUUCAGCGAGAAUCAGGAAAGGAUCUUUGCGGCGCUCAUGGGUCCUACGCCUCUGGCGGUGUUGCCAAUGCUUGAUGAUAUGGCUGCCAGCCAGGCCCUGCUGCUCAGGGACAAGAAUGGCAUGAGCCUCUUGCACUUCUCUGCGCGCCUUGGCUGCUGGGAGGUCAUGGACCGCAUGUUGCAGAUUAAUCCUCAGCUCUGUGACCAGAUGACGUCGCCAGUUGGUCGUCCUGCACACUGGUCUCCCCUGAUGAUCUUGAUCGAUGCGGGGCACGCGCGGGAUCCACAGACCUUCAGGUACAUGCUGGCGCGUUUGCUACAGGAGACCAGUUUGACGACCAUCGAGGCCAGGGGUGCCAAUGGGACUUCUGCCUUGCACAUGGCGACGAGCAAAGGCAUGUUCAACGCCACCAAGCAGAUCCUGUACGCUGUGUACAACAAAAACAGGGCAGACUUGGCGGCCUUCGGCCUGGUUACUUCCAUGCUGAACACGCCAAAUGGUCGCGGUGCUGGCUGCGUUGAUCUGGCACCGCGGUGCAACGUGGAUUUGGCCAUGUACCUGCAGAACCAGUGGAACGCACGUCCUCUUCUCCCGCCACGUGCCUCUGGCCAGGCUGGAUAUGCGGGGAACGGUCUCACAGCUUUCUCAGACCAUAGACGCCUUUGCCCCGUAGGACCGCCUUGCCACAUCUGCUCCGGGUGCUGCGCUAGCAGACUGGAGUCCGUGGAUCGAGCGGCGGCCCUUUUUCAAGAAGUUUUUCUACAUGCGCUGACAAUCCCGGCGUUGAAUAAGUGGACGACUGUAGCGCCGUCUAUGACCUUGGUCGCAGCGAUGCAGCAGUGCUACGACGUCGUCCCGCAGGCCUUUGGUCGGUGUUUUGCACGCGGCCAAGCAGAAGAGUCCAGCGACGACUCUGGGGGUGAAGACGCUGCAUUGGGGGUUCCCAGAGACCAGACAAAACAAUGGAGGAAGCUAGCUAGAAAGAGGCAACAGAAGGCCGCCUUCUUUUUGCAGGAUCAAGAGUCCCGUUUCUUGACAAUGCUCUGGGGCAUUGUGACGUUCUGCGUCAUGACCGUUCACUACUCCUUGUUCAAGCGGGGAACUUGGCUCACAGAGCGCGUUGAAGAUGAGACAGACGCAAACCUUUCAUUUUUUUUUAGCAACCCAGCAGCCAGUCCAGCUGCCCGAGCCAGUUCUGAGAUCGCUUCGCUGUUGGACUCUGUCCAGGUUUACGCCUGGAUUCCUUUGGUUGGUUUGUAUGGGCCUCUGCUCUCGUGGCCGCAGAGGAGGUUGCGAAGCACCAGGCGCUGCUUGCUUACGGAGGUUGGCCAGCUGUACAGGAAGUUGCUUGAACCAUGGAAACGUUACCCCUGGAAGCUCGUGGAAUUGCCACUGAUGGAAGAGGCCAUGAGGUUUCAAGCUGCACAAGAUUUCUUUCGGGUCCGUGACUGCUGCCUGGAUGGCUUCAGUGCAAAGCUCAAGACAGUGGUGGAGGAUCCUCGUGGCCUGGUGGCUGCCAAAACUUUGAAGUUUUUAGCCUCUGUCUUUGACCGGUUGGUGCCAACGUCCACCUGCAUUGAGCGGGCUUUUGCUAGACUAAGCAGAUGGUGUGACCGUAAGGGGCCGAAACCUCAACUGCCCACGCUUGCCGCAAAAAAUGCUGUGUAUCAUUUUCGACACCUGACAGAUCACUGGCGGGCCAAAGCUCGAAAGCUUGGUGUUAUCCGCAAAGGCAAGAGUCACCGAUGUAGGCCUGACUGGGCCCAUGGUGUACGCAAAGGACGGUGUCGCAAUGGGUUGCACAUGUUUGCCAGAGAAAAUGGUUUGAAUCCUUCCGAUGAUUUGGCUCGUCAGUGGCGCUUGCAGCCUCGUGCAGAGAGGAGGCGCUUUGCCGCGCUGGCUAGAGCUUCUAACUUGCAGGCAAGAACUUUGCAGAGGUGCGACGCAAGGGCUGCCCAAGAGUCUGCUGCCCUUACUGGCGGCUUUUGGAAUAUGAGUGCAAGCACUGGCUUCCCAAUGGCCAAAUCGAUCGUUGCAGAACAUCUGCAUUCUCUGAAAGAUUAUGCCAGAAAUUUCCGCGUUUCCACUGAUUCGCUGCUUCCUGAGAGCCCAAAUAGUUUUGCUGGCGCACCAGCAGUGCCCUUUUCAUUGUGGGCCUCGUGCCAGGUUGGAGCUUGCCCUCAUGAACUGACGGCCCCCCAGCAAGAAUGCUUCUGGUCUUUGCAUGAAAUGUUGGUGCUAGUGAUUGGCAGCCAAAGCCCGGAUCCCACGGUUGCAUCAAAGGAGCCGCUUGUUCUGGAAUUUUGUUCUCAGAGAGCUGCGGCGUCCCGCCAAGUUGUUGUUGCUUACAACACGCGGAAGAAACCCAUUGAUGCAGCGCUCAUCGCUCUGCGUCCGCUCCCUCCAUCUGAAGUUCCGCAUCAGUUUCUUCAAAGUUUGGCAUGCGAGACAGGCGUAGAUGGACAAUUUCCUUUGGUCGGGGACGUGCCAAUGUGUGUCGAGCUGGCAAGCCAAGCGACUGAUUGGGAGUUGUUUGUUCUCUCUGUUGGUCCUAUCACAGACCUUCAUCUCUUCCAUAUUGUAGCUGCUAAGCGUGUAGAUUUCGUAGCCCUGAUGCUUGAAGUUGGAAGCGCCAGAGAGACCAAAAAGGCUUUAGAUGCUUUGAAAAAAUGGAGAAGAAAAAAAUGGCUGCAAGCCAAUCCAGCAGCCAUAGGGCAGGUGGAGAGCGGCAGGGACCGAGCAAAGGACGUGGCAAGGGCAAAGCUGCCAAAGGCGCAAUGGAGAGAGCAAACAGACCAGACAUGCAUGGAGAUCGUGACGACGCGCUUGAUGACGGAGGCUCUUCGCAGUCGGACGAGGACUCUGUUGCUGAUGUAG